AAAACAAAUACAUACAAGCUGUGUGUAUGUAUAUUGCACAAACGUGGAUCAAUAUGCAGCAAGCAAAUGUACACAUGAAGAACAUGUCCACAAAGCCAAACUAACAAAAGUACAAAACCCUAAACCCAAAACAAAACAAAAGUACACAUACUUACAAAUCAUGAAAGAGGCGGAGGAACACAAAUCGAAGACAAGUGUGGACGAGGAAUGGCGGAUGAGAGAGUAUUAUAGGAUAUGUACGUUGGGCGGAAUGUUAAGCGCGGGGACUACUCAUCUCCUCAUCACUCCUCUCGACGUUCUUAAAGUUAAUAUGCAGGUAAAUCCAGUGAAGUACAAUCGCAUGGGAUCAAGUCUUAGUAUACUUUGGAAAGAGCAAGGCUCUUAUGCUUUUUGUAGAGGUUGGUCCAGCAAAUUCUUUGGAUAUGGUAUUCAAGGAGGUUUAAAAUAUGGUCUCUACGAAUAUUUUAAAAGGUUUUACUCUGACGUGUUGGUGGAACAUAAUAAGAGUGUCAUAUUCUUUCUGAGUAGUGCAUCUGCACAAUUAGUUGCUGAUGUAGCUCUAUGUCCGUUCGAAGCUGUAAAAGUUUGCGUUCAAACACAGCCAACUUUCGCAAAGGGAUUGGUUGAUGGUUUUCCAAAACUCUAUGCAUCCAGAGGGAUAUCUGGAUUGUACAAAGGGCUUUUCCCACUUUGGGGUCGUAAUCUUCCAUUCUCAAUGAUAAUGUUUUCAACAUUUGAGCAUUCGGUGGAUAUGUUAUAUGGAAAUGUUAUACAAAGAAGAAAAGAGGAUUGUUCAAGGGCUCAGCAACUUGGUGUGACAUCUUUAGCAGGCUUUGUUGCUGGUGCUGUUGGUACCGUAAUAUCUAAUCCUGCAGACAAUAUAGUUUCCUCUCUUUAUAACAAAAAGGCUGAUAGCGUGCUUCAGGCUAUAAAGAACAUUGGGCUCCUUAAUUUGUUUACUAGAAGUCUUCCUGUUCGUCUCACGAUUGUAGGGCCAGUCGUGACUCUGCAAUGGUUUCUCUAUGAUAGUAUCAAAGUACUCUGCGGGCUGCCUACGAGUGGAGGGCUCAACCGUCACACAGAAGAAACUACCCAUAUCAUGAAGAAACAUCAACGGGUUGCCUGACAAUUUCUGCAGCAGAUUUCAGGAAUCCUGUAUACUGUAUAAGUAGGACUAGAACCAUAGCAAUAAAUUCUAGGCACAGGCUGAGAGAACGCCUGGUGAGAUUCUCCGUCAUUGUCUGAUCGGUAGUAUUUUUGUUUACAAUUCUUUGAUCCGAGUGAGAUUAGUAAAUUGAUUUGUAUAAUUUGUCAAAGGAGACAAUAUAUAUAGUAGAUAUAGGAUGAUCUGCCUUUUUGAGCAGCAAUGGCACUGGAUUUUUGUGGAGUGAGGUCACUCUGCAAACUUGUCUGUUGGAGAUUAUUUUUCAAUAGAAUUGCAAUUUCAGUUCAA